GCCCAUUCUCAUCUGUGGUUAAGGCUGAAGGAUAUCCAAGACCCCAAGGCGACAGACUCCAAAGAUGUCUCAAUCGAGACUCGAAUGUCGGAACUCAUGAGUCGGAUAGAAAAGGAUAUCAAAACGACGGGAGCAGCAUGCGACCAUUAUUCAAAGAAAAAUGCUCUUGUUCGAACCCUGAAAGCCCGAGUCUAUGAAGACCGCCUUGCAUCUCAUGCUGAUAUAUUCACUAAACACCGAGAAGAGUUCCAGUUCCUUUUAAGUCUUUACACGGCGUUGGGUGUACAAUCAGCAAAUCACAAACUCAACGAGGUCACUGACCAACUGAAAUCAAUCGAGAACCAGUUGGACGAUGUGCAUGCGAUCUUCCGUCAUCUAGACUCGCCUCAUGAACGAGAUCUGCGAAACUUCAUAGAUGAGCGUGGGGGACCCGAUGCGCUUUUAAAUAACGACUUUCUUCUUGCGGAGGUCUUGGAGAAAGGAGAGGACAUGGAUGAAUCAGAUAUAAUGGGGCACAAACGACGGUCAACGAACCUAGCAGAUUUGAAGGCGGACCUUCUCCGGGAAUUAGAGGAAGAUCUAGACGCAACACUACAAAAGAAUUUCGACAUCUUUGAUCGCAAAUUGGAGAUGCAACACCAACAAUUGCUUGACGCCCAACGUCAACAGGAGAACAUCAUUCUUACCGAAAUACGUGCUGGUUUUCUCCAUGAACGAAUUAAACACGAGGAUAUGAGAGAAAUCUGGAAGGAGAUGGGCUGGAAAGGCAGCGUAAAAGCGAGACAUUUUGUGCUUGCUCUCCGUGAUUAUUUUGUCGAAAAGUCGGCAAAGAAGGAUCCAGCUAAUGUCGAAUCCGGCAAUUCUGAGCUGGAUUUCAUGAAUAAUCCCGUUUCUGAUCAUGUUGCACCAGAUUGGGAUCCAGAGAGUGAAGAUGAUCGCUGGACCCACUCAUACAUUAGUGUUGCACAUGUUCAAUCUAUUCUAGAGGCCAUAGAUGACGAUGCAACUGGCUUCAUUACUAUCAAGGAGGUCAACGAGUUUACAUCCUCAAGACCCACUGGAUGGACCUUACCCAUGUGGAUUGCCUUUUGGGCUGUCGGAUGGCAAACCAGUAUCGACCGAUACAAAGCUCAGAUAUACGGUUUGCUUGAACAACUCAUCAGUUUAGCUAGAGUUGUGCAUAUAGACAAUCGUGCACGUGUGGACGAAUAUCUCACAGACCCAGUCUUCAAUGAUUUGGAGAGAUUGCUCCGUGCAACAAAACCACCCAAUUGUAUGAUUCCUGACGAGGUCAAGCUCAUACAAUAUGUGGAUGCGUACACUACAGAAGAGGAAAGAAAGCUUGAAGACAAAUUGAAAUCAAUAGCUUAUGAAUUGGAUGGGCCUGCAACAGUUUCUCUUGUAACCGGACCUGGACGAAUUGAAAGAUUCUUAUUCCCUCUGAUCUACCUCAACUUGAAACAACAGGUGCAAAUAAUGUAUCAUGCUCGGACACAUGUACUCGAUGGUAGAGAGAUCUUGGAUAUGAAGGAAACUUUGAUUGCUCUAUUCAAUGUGGUCCAUGAGCGUGUUGAAGGGCUUGUUGCUAUCCUGAAGCAAAGUCAUGCAAACCUCAAGGAACAACUGGAAUACUUUGCCUUUGGCAUGUUUUCUCUAUUUUACAACCAUUCUUCGAGAGAUCCCAAAAAUAACACAAUACUUACUUGGAUAUCACACAAUAGAAGGGCAAAGCCACAGUAUUUUGACUUGAGUGCUGCAGCUCCGGCCAAGUCUGUAUUCCGCCAUGAUUUCGCGGUAGUUGUCAAUCCUGGGGCAGAGAAUCCGAACACCAAAACAUGGCAUCUUGGGAUAAGGUGUGAUUCUUGCAGGAAUGAAAUCCACGGGAACAGAUUUAUUUGCCUGACUUGCAUCAAAGAGGACUUUGCGGAAAAUAUUGACCUCUGUUCACAAUGCCGAAACCUGGCUGUGAAGAGAAAAUGUUUCAUGCACGAAGUUUCUCAUCCUCUUCUUCAAGUUGAUGCUGUAAUUCUGGAUGCUGAGCUCGCACUGGCUAUCCCGAAAUCCCAAACAAUUGCCAAUCAGGUCGAGGACCGUAUACGUUCCUCCUCUUCAGAUAAGCAUUCUACUUGUUCCUCCUGUGGAAAUAGAUCCCCCGACUGGUGUUAUCAGUGUAUCCAAUGUGCAAUGGCGCUGUAUUAUUGCUUAGAUUGUGAACUCAAUCUCCGCACCGGGGCUACAUCUAAAACUGCCGAGAAAGCUCAUAUCCACAGGUCUACUCAAUUUGCCUUUUAUUCUCCCAAGCAUCACCUUAUUCGUGUUCGUCGAGCGCAUGUUUCUGUGUCGACGGAUCGGAGACUGGAGCUUCUUGAACAACAGGUAUUCAUCAUGCAAAGCCGACUCGAUUCCAUUGAAGGAAUCUUGAGGCAAAUGAUAAGGGGAUAAUUAUCCGUGCGAUAAUUCAUAAUACCAGGCUUUGACAAUCUCCGUUUCUGUUGAUUUUGUUGCUAAUAUCAAGCUCUAAUUUCUUCUCUUUUCUCAUUGUUUACGGGGCCCUUCAAAUUCAAUGUUGUAAAAUAUGAUACA